UUAUGGGUAGACAGAGCAGUGUGCUAUAGGCUCUGCUCCUCCCCACGUGUCUGUAGUUAAGAGCCGGACUCAGAAACAUGUCGCACUCUUACAGUCACCAAUUCAGCUAACUUACAUGGACUAGCACAGUGGACAAAGUUAACGCGCUCCGACAGACAAGACUCAAGCCUGUGUUGCAAACUUCAGAAGUUGCAUGCUGUGCUGUGGGUGCUUCAGCGUUACUGAGCUGACAGUAUUGAGGCAAACUUUUCUCCUCGUCUCUCCACAAUGGCCAGCGGGGAGGAAGAUGACCCCAUCAUACAAGAGCUCGACGUGUACCUUGCCAAAAGUCUUUCAGACAAGCUGUAUUUAUUCCAGUACCCAGUGCGACCCGCCCACAUGAACUACGACGACAUCCCGCAUUUAACAGCCAAAAUCAAACCCAAGCAGCAAAAGGUUGAAAUCGAGGUGGCGAUUGACACCACGAGCCCCAACUACUGCCGCAGUAAAGGCGAGCAGAUCGCGCUCAACGUGGACGGCACAUCGAUGGAAGACUCCAGCACUUACUCCAUCAAAAUGAUGGACAAGCAAACGUUCUCCUCGAUCCAGGCUACAACGAAUACCAGUCGCUAUGCCGCUGCAGUGUUCCGUAAAGGGGAGCUUCAUCUCACACCAUUACAGGGCAUUCUGCAGAUGAGGCCAAGCUUUUCAUAUCUAGAUAAAGCUGACAGUAAACACAAGGAAAGAGAGGCAGCCAAUGAAGCUGGAGACUCUUCUCAGGACGAGGCAGAGGACGAUGCCAAGCAGAUCACUGUGAGAUUUUCCAGGCCAGAGUCUGAACAGGCUCGUCAACGACGCAUCCAGUCCUACGAGUUCCUACAGAAGAAACAGGCAGAAGAGCCGUGGGUCCAUUUACACUACCACGGAUUAAAGGACGGGCGCUCAGAGCACGAACGUCAGUAUCUUUACUGCCAGGCCAUGGAUACUACAGAGAACACUGAGUUAGUGAAGACGCCAAGCGAGUACCUGGCCAUGCUUAUGCCUCCACUGACAGAAGAAAAAGUGAUUAAGCCAGUGGGGCCUAGUAACGUGCUGUCCAUGGCUCAGCUCCGUACAUUGCCACUUGGAGAUCAGGUGAAGACCUUGAUGAAGAAUGUCAAGGUCAUGCCAUUUGCCAAUCUCAUGGGGCUGCUUGCGUCAGGCACAGACUCCACUUCAGUACUACGCUGCAUACAGCAGGUGGCGAUGCUCGUCCAGGGAAACUGGGUUGUCAAGAGCGAUGUUCUGUAUCCCAAGUCCACCUGCAGUCCACACAGCGGCGUGCCUGCAGAGGUGCUCUGUAGGGGCCGUGACUUUGUGAUGUGGAGAUUCACAAUCGAGCGCUCCCUGAUGAGAAAAGAGGUCGCCGCUAUCAUAAAGCUGCCCCCUGAAGAUGUCAAGGACUUUUUGGAACAGAUGGCUGUUCCCAGAGCUAACAGAGGGUGGGAGUUCCUGCUGCCUACUGACCAAGAUUUUGUCAAGAAGCAUCCUGAUGUGGCUCAGAGACAGCACAUGCUCUGGCUGGGCAUCCAGAACAAGUUAGAAAAAGUUUUCAACUUCUCAAAGGAAGACUUCCAUCACAAAAAGGAUACUCAGCUGGACUCUGUUCAGGUUAGCGGUGAGAAGCGUCUCAAGAUGGCUCAAGAGCAAGCACGGGAGCGUCAAGCCUCUCUGCAGAAAGACUUGGAUGCCCGAAGACUCAAGGCGUCCUCCGCUUCUAGCUCUGUUGGAAUUAACACGAUGGUGCAAGUUAAACAAGAACACACGAGCGACACUGAGGAGCCUAUGGACACGUCCAGUUCUGUCCCCAACGGUUCGUUCAACGGUUAUCCCUCAUCAGACUCCCCAAACACGGGCCUCCACGGCGAGCACGAGGCAGCUCAGACUCCUACCCGGGAGCUCCAAGACUUUGUGCAGAGCACUUUCCGGAAACACUUUGUGUUGUGCCUCAGCGAAGUCAAACGGCUGUUCAACCUGCACCUGGCCAGCCUUCCUACGGGACACGGCCGCUUCGGCUACGUCACGGACCGCAUGCUCCAGGACACCAUCCUCCACAGCCACUGCAAACAGAUCCUAGUGCCUUUUCCCCCUCAGAGCAGUGCCACAGCAGACGAACAGAAAGUCUUUGUCCUGUGGGAGAACGGUGAAACGUUUGAUAAGCACCGUCAGGUUCUGUUCGAGGUUUUUAUGAAGAACUACCGUGUGAGGAGGAACGUUAUUCAGACACGACUCACACAGGAACUCGGCGAUGCGGUCACCAAGGCCGAUGUGGACCGGCUGCUCAAGGAGUGCUGCGUUAGCCUCGGAGGAAUGUGGUACCUGAAGGGCACAGUGCAGUCGUGACAGUAGGGGGAGGAGCCCUAGGGAUCCUGUCAAUCAAAAAAGAAAAGAAAAAUAAAUAAACAAGCUUUUCUCUCUCUGAGGUUACUCUGUACGAGGGAGAGAUGGAGCCGACACACAAAUCAGUCACCGCCCCCAGCUGGACAAGAUCGGCUUUGGAGGACUGCGAGGUCGCCCACAUGCUGCUCCAGGACAUUGCUUUUGUGUUUUCCUUCACGGACACGUAGCUGAGCAUAGCCAAAAGCUCAGAGCUUGUGGAAACUUCCGGGACACCUCAUCAUUUCAUACAUAAUAAGGGCUCAAGAUCCACCGGGACCUACAGUGUGUUUAGUUCGAUAAAUAACCGAAGGAAAGAUAUGAAUAUGCAAAGCUUAGUUUUUUUUUUUUUUUUUUUUUUUAGUUUUUUUUAUGAUUUACUGUUCAUUUCUUAUCUUGCAUUUGCAUCACUAAUAAAGAAAACCGGAUGGUAAACGUAUCUGGUUUGUGGCUUUUCACCGAAUGCCCCUAGGACCUGAAUGAGAGAUGAUAGUUUUUUUUCUAUCCCCUAACCAUGACCUUUUGGUUCUCCACAUAUGAUAACAUACUGUAGCACACAGGAUCUAGUGAUUUUCAUUUCCUUUAUCUUCUUCAUUUACCUGAAAAUUUCAAAUAACACUAUGCACUAUUGUGCCAUAGACUCCUUCAGCGUAACAGCUACACCAAAGCUCCGAUUUUCUUUUAUGUUUAAAAAAAAUAAUAUUGAAAUCAAUCAGAAUAACUGGGAAUAUGCUAUAGUGCCAAUGAGAAGCAUUUAAUGACAGGAAAUGUGAAAGAUAAAAAAAUGACCAUCCUGUCGUGGCCUUUGAGACUGUCAUUCUUUAAGAUAAUUUAGACUGCUGGAUGUUAAAACGUGUAUCAUUUCAUUUGUCUUUAUUCAGAUAUGUGUGAAAUCCUGCCCUAAAUAUCUGGUUGUUUUUUUGGCAAAUGCUGUGUUCAAUGGUAAAUUGUUCGAGGAUGUCACAGUUUGAUGAUUGUUAUGAACUGCAGUGUGGUUUCGGUUUUAAUGGUGACGCGAGUGUUUUGACAUUUUCUGAGCUCUUCUUUUAGGACAUGUGAAAGUGCCUGUAAUUUAUUCAGGGGAAAUCUUACCUACAUUAAAUGCGCUCUUGUAGUUUGUCAGAACCUUUUUCUUUAUAUAUCCAAAUUUUUUUCUUUUCUAACUUUGAGAUACAAUUGGAUCCUGUUCAUUCAUUCCACAUCUUCAGAAAUAAACGGACGUGUCCCUGAGUAUGGAACAGUUUUGACCUGAAGAGAGAAGUCAGCUGUUUCGUUGGAACUUUAUGCUCAAUAAACACUGCAAAUAAUGUG